AGCAACUGACUGGGCAGCCUCGCCGGGAAGAUGCGGCCACUCCUGCUCCUGGUGGCCUUUCUCCUGUUCCCCAGGGCUCGGGCAGGGCAGAUCAUCGGAGGCCGAGAGGCCAGGCCCCAUUCCCGCCCCUACAUGGCAUUUAUUCUGAUCCGAGCUCCAGGAGGUCUGAAAGUUUGUGGGGGGUUCCUGGUGCGUGACGACUUUGUGAUGACAGCAGCUCACUGCCUGGGAAGCCAAAUGAAUGUCAUCCUGGGGGCCCACAACGUCAGGACACUGGAAGGCACGCAGCAGCGCGUCCCUGUGCUCAGACCCAUCCCCCACCCCGGGUACAGUCUGCAGAGCCACAGCAAUGACAUCAUGUUACUGCAGCUGGCGAACAGAGUCCAGCGUAAUCGAUUCGUGAGGCCGGUGCCUCUGCCUCAGACUCAGAACAGACUCAGGCCUGGGACCCGGUGCACCGUGGCCGGCUGGGGCCUGACUGGUCCGAACACGAGAACAGACACGCUCCAGUAUGUGCAGCUGAGGGUGCAGAGGGAUAGGGUGUGCAGAAGACGCUUCACGUCAUACAAUGGCCGAACACAGAUCUGUGUGGGGGACCCGAGACAGAGGAAGUCUGCCUUUCUGGGGGACUCCGGGGGCCCCCUCGUGUGUAACAAUGUGGCCCAGGGCAUUGUCUCCUAUGGAGACAGGAUGGGGACCCCUCCAGCAGUCUUCACCAGAAUUUCCAGCUUCCUGCCCUGGAUAAGGAGAACAAUGAGACGCUUCAAAGAGUGGAGACCAGAGUGA